CGUUCAGUGCCCCUUGCGGCACCGACUCCGUAGCUGCCGUCCGGUCCCGCAUGCGGGGCACCAAGCUCUCUCAGCAUAUCAAUCACCCCACCUUCAUGCCUCCUGAUGUCAACAUUCCACUCAUUCUCACAUAAAUCCGGCCCCAGCAGACAGACCUGAACUCGUCACACGCCCACCCGCUCAGAAAACGAUACAUUGAGGAAGAGAAACAGCCAGAGAUCAGCCAGUCUAGAGAGCAAAAGGACCUCGUCGAUAUGGCCCCCGCAAACACCCUCCCCGCAUGGGCCGACCUGCAGGCUCACCACGACAAGGUCGGCAAGUCGUUCGUGCUCAAGGAUGCCUUCAAGGCGGACCCGAAGCGCUUCCAGACCUUCUCUACCAAGAUCACCCUCCCUGCCGGCAUCUCGACCGAGCCCAACGGCACCGAGAUCCUGUUCGAUUUCAGCAAGAACCUCGUCACUGAGGAGACCCUGAGCCUCCUGGUCAAGCUUGCCGAGCAGGCCGCCGUCGAGAAGAAGCGGGAUGCCAUGUUCGCCGGUGAAAAGAUCAACUUCACCGAGAACCGCGCUGUCUACCACGCCGCCUUGCGGAAUGUCACCAACCAAGAGAUGAAGGUCGACGGCGUCGACGUGAUGAACACCAAAGGCGGCGUCAACGAGGUGCUGGAGCACAUGCGCGUUUUCUCUGAGCAGAUCCGCAGCGGCGAGUGGAAGGGGUACACUGGCAAGAAGCUCACCAACAUCAUCAAUGUUGGCAUCGGAGGUUCUGAUCUCGGCCCGGUUAUGGUCACGGAGGCCCUCAAGCACUACGGUGCCAAGGACAUGACGCUGCACUUUGUCUCGAACAUCGACGGCACCCACAUCGCCGAGGCCCUCGCAAACUCGGAUCCCGAGACCACUCUCUUCCUGAUCGCCUCCAAGACCUUUACCACCGCCGAGACGACGACCAACGCCAACACGGCCAAAACGUGGUUCCUCGAGAAGACGGGCGGCAAGGGAGACAUUGCGAAGCACUUCGUCGCUCUCUCCACCAACGAGGCCGAGGUGACCAAGUUCGGCAUCGACGCCAAGAACAUGUUCGGCUUCGAGAGCUGGGUCGGCGGGCGCUACUCGGUCUGGAGCGCCAUCGGCCUGAGCGUCGCUCUGUACAUCGGCUUCGAGAACUUCCGCAAGUUCCUGUCGGGCGCCCACGCGAUGGACCAGCACUUCCGCACCGCGCCUCUCCGCGAGAACGUCCCCGUGCUUGGCGGCCUCCUCUCGGUCUGGUACUCCAACUUCUUCAACGCGCAAACCCACCUCGUCGCCCCCUUCGACCAGUACCUGCACCGCUUCCCGGCGUACCUGCAGCAGCUGUCUAUGGAGUCCAACGGCAAGACCAUCACCUCGGACGGGUCGCCCGCCAAGUACACGACGGGCCCGAUCCUGUUCGGCGAGCCGUGCACCAACGCGCAGCACUCCUUCUUCCAGCUCGUGCACCAGGGUACCAAGCUGAUCCCGGCCGACUUCAUCCUCGCGGCCAAGUCGCACAACCCGGUCUCGGACAACCUGCACCAGAAGAUGCUCGCGUCCAACUACCUCGCCCAGGCCGAGGCCCUCAUGGUGGGCAAGACGGCCGACGAGGUCCGCGCCGAGGGCAACGUGCCCGAUAACCUGGUCCCGCACAAGGUGUUCCUCGGCAACCGGCCCACGACAAGCAUCCUCGUGGGCGGCGCCAUCGGUCCCGCCGAGCUGGGCGCGCUGAUUGUCUACUACGAGCACCUCACCUUUACCGAGGGCGCCGUGUGGGACAUUAACUCGUUCGACCAGUGGGGCGUGGAGCUGGGUAAGGUGCUGGCGAAGAAGAUUCUCAAGGAGAUCGACGAGCCUGGCGCGGGACAGGGCCACGACGCCUCGACUGGUGGGCUGCUGGGGGCUUUCAAGAGGUAUGCAAACCUUUGAGGAGGCCAGAGGGGUCUGAGCUGGAAAAGGAAACAUGAACAGCAUAUUUCGUCAGGAAACCAUCUUAUUGUAGCUUGAGAGCGGGUCCGCGAGAACCAGGUUAAACUUCCUGCUUAGAUAGAAGGAGGGCAACAGGCUCUCAUUACACAAGCGUGCCGCGUACCGAGGACGGUGUCAUAUCUGUUGGCUCUUGCCUCCUAU